GCUCUCACAACGUGGACGACACACUACAGUCGCUCCUCGCCACAUCUUGCUAACGUCUGCUGAGGCUUGUCCCUUCUCACGGUAUUGCGUGGCCUCGCAAUGAACUCGAAGUCGUCGACACUACCUCGCUCGAAUGUGCUCGUUCUGGGAUCGAACUCUGUGCACUGUCUCCUGCCGGCGACGCUCAUAGCACAAGCGGAUGCGCUGCUCGACAGACAUCGGCUCGAAGAAGCCGUGGACCUGGCAGACAGGCACCUGAAGCGGCUACAGGCCAGGGUGGCUGUCGGUCAAGAGGAGGCCGACGAGCUGCGCUACGUGUAUCAGCGCAUCGGCUUCCAGUGCCUCACCGAGACCCUGUUCGACGACGCCGGCAAGCACUUCUUCGCCGGCCACCUCGACCCGCGCGUGCUCGUCCGGUACUACCCGCACCUCUGUGGUACACUGCUCGGCGAGGAAGAAACCGUCGAUGUCUUUGCGGGCGUUCAGGAGCACAUGCCGCGCGAGGCGAGCAUCGACGACAUCAUCAGGAACUACUCGCCGCACCUCGCGCCGAACACGAGCACGGCGCCGCCGACGAUCGAGCUCCGCGAGAUCCUGAACAUGGCCGCGGCGGACAUGCUCAAGGUGUUUCUGCGCAAGUGGCGCGCGAAGCGCAGGGACGAGGUGCACGACCGGCGCGCCAACGAGGUGGUUGACACGGUCCUUGCGAGGCUGUACACGGAGUCGGGAGAAACGACAGACCUCCUUGCGCUCAUCGGCGGCCCGAACGACAUUGUGUUGCACGAGCUCGAGCCGGUGCUCAUCAGGAGCAGCCGGUACGACGCGCUCUGCAGACUGUACAAGACCCGAGGACAGGAAGCAAAGCUCCUGGACGCCUGGUCAAAGCUGAUCACUGGCGAGUGGAUCGAUCUCGACGUGCACGACCCGCUGUCCAGCAUGUUCAUGUUCCUGAACGAGAAGCGAGACAAGGCCCUCGCGCAAGAAUGGGGCACCUGGCUGCUAAAGUACGACCAGGACCAAGCGAUGCGGCUACUGUUCACUGUCGGAUUGGGGAAGCGCACGGCGAAAGGCGGGGCGGAAGAGUCCGCGCUGCUUCGUCGCAUCCAAGAGGCAGAUCCGAGAGCUGCGGCACAGUUCCUUGAAAACCUGGUUCUGAACAGGCGCAGUGCUGAUCCAGAUUUGCAUAACCAACUAGCGAGCGUAUAUGUGGACCAAUUGCUGUCUUGUUUCGCAGACGAGUCCAUCUCUAAGCUAUGGCGCGCAAAAGCCGCUUCAUACACCUCUGGCAAAGUUGAUGUUCCCUUCUUAUCUUACUUUGCGUCCACGACACCAGACUCGGACUCGAAAGAGACACGGUUACGGACUGCUCUGUUCCUCCAGGGCUCGAGGUUCUAUGACCCGGAGCUUAUCAGACGAAGAUUAGAAGAGCAUGAGCAGAAGAAGGUACUCAGUCUUGAGGUGGCCGUCGUGCUCGGAAAGCUUGGUCGUCAUCGAGAAGCUCUAAGCGCGCUCGUACUUGAUUUGCACGACUCCGCUUCGGCCGAGAUUUAUUGCACGUUGGGCGGCGCGGUCAUAUCACCGAAAGUUGCGCAUUUACUAGGGGAACGGUUCCAGCUGCAGCGAUGGGCCGCGCUCAUCACGCCGCUGCCCAUGGCGAACAAGGCCACGCCCAUGGAGCGUGAAAAGACGGUAGACGAGGGUCUGAAGAAGGACCUGACAAAGAUACUGCUGGGGGUGUACAUGAGCGGAGGAGAGGCGAUGGCCGAACGCGCUGCGCAGCUGCUGAGCGCACAGGGGAUGAACCUGGACGGGGAAGAGGUGCUGGCGACGAUCCCGUCCGAGUGGCCGCUGCGGGUGCUGUCGUCGUUCCUCGCACGCUCGCUCCGGCGAACGCUGCACGCGCGCCACGAGGGCCAGCUCGUGAAGGCGAUCGCGACGAGCGAGAACCUCGCCGUUGCUGAGCGCACGUGGCUCGUUCUCCGCGAGGAGGGCGCGGUCAUCGAGGAGGCCAUGGACGGCGAUGGCGACGACGAUGGUAGCGCGGACGAGAAGGGGGGCGAGUCGGGCCUGGGGCUGAGUCUGGACGAGAAGGCCGAGCUGGUGCGUCCGGCGCAGGGCGGAGGGGAGGCUCCUGUGGUGGAUUUUACUUGAGUGUUGCGUCAUCUGGAUGAAUUCAUGCCAUGUUCUAAUGCUUUGCUAAUUGGACAUCUC